UUUCUCCAUUCCUAACUUGGUUUAUUCCUAUCAGAUCUUUCUCUUUUGCUCUCCCAUUAUUUUUAUGAAAUAAGAAUUAUUUUAUGAAAUAAGUUUUGCUGGCAGGUUAGAGUGGAGAUGCUCCCAUCAGUUGUUUUUCAUCCAAUUUAGGAAACAUUUUGCAGUUUUCCAGGGGUUUCCUUCUUACAUUGUGACUUUCCUUCUUCUCCCCCCCCCCUCCACAUCACAACCCUCCCCUUUCCACACUCUGCAAUUCUGAGCCCAGAAUUUCUGAAUCGGGGGCUUAGCUUCGCCGGGAUGAGCCAGAGCAAUGGAUGAAUUCCACCCCUUCAUUGAAGCUCUGCUUCCUCAUGUUCGUGCCUUUUCCUACACAUGGUUCAAUUUGCAAGCUCGGAAACGAAAGUACUUCAAGAAGCACGAGAAGCGGAUGUCAAAGGAUGAGGAGCGUGCCGUGAAGGACGAAUUACUUGGUGAAAAGCCCGAGAUCAAGCAGAAAUGGGCUUCCCGGCUGCUGGCCAAGCUACGUAAGGACAUCCGCCCAGAGUUUCGCGAGGACUUCGUCUUGACUAUCACAGGCAAGAAAGCCCCCUGUUGCGUCCUCUCCAACCCAGACCAGAAGGGUAAAAUCCGCAGGAUUGACUGCCUGAGACAGGCUGACAAGGUUUGGAGGCUGGACCUGGUUAUGGUCAUCUUGUUUAAAGGGAUCCCUCUUGAAAGUACUGAUGGGGAGCGGCUGUACAAGUCGCCGCAGUGUUCAAACCAAGGCCUCUGCGUCCAGCCACACCACAUUGGAGUCACAAUUAAGGAACUGGAUCUGUACUUGGCGUAUUUUGUUCACACUCCUGAAUCCGGACAAUCAGACAAUUCAAACCAGCAAGGAGAUGUGGACAUCAAACCACUGCCCAAUGGGCAUUUGACUUUCCAGGACUGUUUUGUGACAUCGGGUGUCUGGAACGUGACGGAGCUGGUGAGAGUGUCACAGACUCCAGUGGCCACGGCAUCUGGUCCAAAUUUCUCUCUGGCUGACCUGGAGAGCCCCAGUUACUAUAACAUCAAUCAAGUGGCCCUCGGCAGACGGUCUGUAACAUCUCCACCUUCCAGCAGCUCCACCAAGCGUCCCAAGUCAAUAGAUGACAGCGAGAUGGAGAGCCCCGUGGACGAUGUCUUCUACCCAGGGACAGGACGGUCUCCUGCAGCUGGCAGCAGCCAGUCCAGUGGGUGGCCCAACGAUGUGGAUGCAGGACCGGCUUCUUUAAAGAAGUCAGGGAAGCUGGAUUUCUGCAGUGCCCUGUCCUCCCACACCACCUCCCCGAGAAUGGCUUUCACCCACCACCCGCUGCCUGUCCUAGCAGGAGUCAGACCAGGAAGCCCCCGUGCCACAGCGUCGGCCCUGCACUUCCCGUCAACCUCCAUCAUCCAACAGUCCAGUCCCUACUUCACCCACCCGACCAUCCGCUACCACCACCACCACGGCCAGGACUCACUGAAGGAGUUUGUGCAGUUUGUAUGCUCAGAUGGCUCUGGCCAGGGCUCUGGGCAGCCUAACGGUGGCGGCCAGGGCAAAGUCACGGGUUCAUUUUUGCUGCCGCCGCCACCGCCCGUGGCCAGACCCGUGCCCCUUCCAAUGCCUGAUACAAAAUCCACCAGCACUAACCCAGAGGGCGGAGCACCGACGCCAACAUCACCCUCAUUCUCAGCGCCAGGCUCCUCCUCCUCUGCCAACCGGUUUGUCGGCAUCGGACCCCGGGACGGCAACUUUCUAAACAUCCCCCAGCAAUCCCAGUCUUGGUUCCUCUGAUGGGAUCUUCAAGCGAAGAAAAAUAAUACAGAUGAUGAUGAUGAUGAUGAUGAUGAUGAUAAUAAUAAUUUUUGCAAUCAAGCCCCAAGAACAAGAAUCUUCAGUCCUUCAUCCAUCUCUUUCCUGAGCUGCUCCUCUUCAUGGAAGGCGUCAGAGACGUUGGGGAACCGCGCAGCGGAGGAGAAGCUUUGAAACGUCACAUCGGACCUCCCCCAUCCGAAACAGAUCCAGCAGUCGUGUUGAGGGCGCCGCCUGGAAUCCGGCGUCGCCUGCAGAUGUCAUGUAAUGCUGUUAACGAUUGUCUCUGAUAGCUCUGGACAGGCCGUUGAGGCACCCGUUAAAACAACAAAAGGGAUUUCUCUGUGUUCAUGGGGGGGGGGGGGGGGGGAAUGGUGUUUGCCCCGGUCAGCCUCUGCCCUCAAGAGGCCACCGCCUGUCUUCCAGGGGCCUGCAGAUUGUGGUCAAGAAAAGGGGGAGCCCCCGUUUGGCUUCUUGGUCACUCGGCUGCUAUGAGAAAUUCCUGGCUAAGCUGAACAUUUGCUGCCAGCAGAAUCCGCUGGUCCUGACACUUCUAAAAUGCCCAAAAGAGUUUUGUAAGAGCCGGUCCAGUGGCAUGGAGGGCUCUGAUUCCAAAUCAGAAAAGAGUGUGGUUGGCCUUCUUGGCACGGCUGUCCCCCAGCAAACCUAAGCCCUUCUCCAUGAAGCCUACAUCGUUAGUUGAAUCGAAGCAGCGGCUCUCCCUUCUCUGACACCCUGCAGACUCUGAGCCUGAAACUCUUCAUUCCUCACCUUGAUGGGGAGUGUCCUGUGUUCUCUUCCAUUCCUGCAGCCCCCAGACGGCUCCCGGAAAGCUCGUUCCCGGGGUCGUGGAGGGUUGGGUGGCUGGAGGUGAAGCUGACCCCAGUUCCUCAGCGGAGCUGCUCUUGCUGAAAUGGAGGAGCAAUUUUUACUGCAGCCGGAUCUCAGCCUGGGUCCUGCGUCUUUCUGGAGGCUGGAAGGGGCUACAGGAAGAGGCAGGAAUGUGUGAGAUCCCCCUGCUCCUUAGGCAGAGCGGUUGGGCGCUGAAUGGCACUCGGCUGCUUCUGCACGGGCGUUAUUUCUCCUUCUUUCCUCCCAAUCUUCCUCCCCACUCCGGAGGGCUGUUUGGCAGCUUUUGAACAAAACAAAAAAAUCGUAGCCUUUUAGUGACAACAGCAGGGGAAAUGGCAACAAACGUGGGCCAAGAGGUUCAGAAACUCACCCCUUCCUGUCUGCACUAUGGGGAAAUACAACCUGAUGUUGAUAUUUAUGAAAAGAUCAGAGCAAAUCAGGUUCCGGAAGCACCAGCCCUCACCGCUGGCAAUCCACCUUCAGGUAGGAUUUUUUUCAGCAGCUCAGAAAUCGACCAGUAUGAAUCCAGUUAUGGGCAAGGUGUUCCUCAUCCUGUUCCUCGUGGGCAGGUGAUUGUAAUAACCAAGAGAAGCCCUAGCAGAUGACACAGUUUUAAAAAUUGCAUUGGAUCUCUGCAAUCCAGAGCAGAUUUGGUUCACGUGGCCAAACCAGGCAGAACUCGCAAAACGCACAUCUCUUAAGAAAAGCAAUUUUCUUCUAAACAUGUCCCACUUGUAGACUGCGCAGACAUUAAUUUCAAAAUAUUUGAAAUCAGUAGCAACCACCACAUUGGCAAAUGAGCCAAGCGGCCCUGCGGAAGUCACACUGCAGCCAGAUUAGGAGGAUCGCUCCGGGCACAGUUCUGCUCAGCCGCUCGCCUGGUUUGGCCGGGGAGGGCCGCAUUCCUGACCCCCCGACUGCCAGUAUUUCCCUUUUGCGGUCUGUCUCGACUGUUUUGAUGCUUUUCCCGAUCCCUUUUCUCUUGCCUUUCUUUCUUUUCUUUUUUUUUGCCUUUAGUUGUAGCAUUUCCUUUGGUUUCCUAUGCAUACAAGUGUCAACAGCAAACAAAAGUUAAAUAGAAGGGAAAGACAGAAAGCAAAAUCCCUAAAGCUCAGUCAACAUGAAACGCACUUAGCAAACUUCAGCACAAAAAAGAAGAAAAAAGCUAAUUAUAUCCUUACAGGUAAUGAAGGCUGUCUGGCAGGCAGCUGAAAGGCCUCCCUAGCUGUCCACUGCAGGUGCCCCCCAGAAUGAGUCCUGCAUCCCCCUCCCCCGCUUGAUUUUCUCCUUUCCUUUCUAGACUGAUGACGACUCCUGUGGUGAGAAGAGCAAACCCUCUUCUCUUUCUUGCACUCCAGAGAAGACCCCGCUCUCUCUUUUCCAAAGGGGCGUGAAAGAGAUGUAUUUGUUGUCCUUAACUUGCGUAGAAAUUUAGGAAGAGGCUUGUGUCCAAAUUCUUGGGGGGGGGGGUGUCCCCCACGCUACCCCAUUGCCCCUCUUGAGUGUGGCUGCUUCCGCAAUGGGGGCCAGCGUUUGGAGCACUUCCCAUUGUAGAUGUAGGACAGAAGGCCAAGUUCUGCCUGGGGAGGGGGGGAGGGGGCUGGGGCACAGUCUGUUUGGGAAUGGGUGUGGAGGGAAUGAGCUGCUACAGAGAACCAGUGACUGAGUAGUCUCUACAGGGCUAGGGGCCUUCCUGUGCCCUGCAAAUGCUGCCACAAAUUACCUCCCAAGUGGCUGCAGAGGAGAAGCCAAAAGACCCCCACCCCCCUCCUUCUGCUCCUGAUUCCCAGGAGUUGGCUGGGGCAGCAGGAGGAACUUCGGCUAGCAGCCCAGGGAUGGGGAUCUGCAUCCCUGUCCAAGUGCAAUGAUUUUUCAGUUCCAAAUGGAGCAACAGGGUCGAAGUAGGAGAUUCUGAGGGCUGCGGCCCCGCCCCAUCCCUCUGCCAGCACUGGACACCCCUGCUCGCGUGGAGCACCCGCCUUCCCGCGCACAGUCAUAUACUCGCACAACCGCAGGCAGGCAACCUGCUGCCACCAGGCACCCCCCGGGGCUCCAUCCGCAAAGCCUUUGUGCGGGUUCUCUCUUUAAAAAGCCAUCUGAGGCCUCCGGCCUUCACGCAAGCUCUUGCUGGGGAGCCGCGGAGCACACGCCUGCUUGGAGUGGCCCUCGGCUGCCUCCUCCGCCCUCAAGGCCGGCCUGCAACUCAGAGGACAGUGAAACGGAUCUUGCUCGACACAGAGCAGCUUCAUCUGAUUCUUGGUGGGGUCCCUAAAACGCCCGCUGUUGCCUUUGCCUGACCAAGCUUGGCCGGCUUCGACAACAACUGCAGGGUCGUUUGGACUCUCUUCCGGUCUCUGUGCGUGGCUCCCCCUUAACAUGUAUAAGCACCUGCGAUGCAGAGAGAGAGAGAGAGCUCAGGCCAGGGCUACCGCAGCAUCCUGAAAGAGUCGGUUUCUCUUGGCGUUCCAGGCCAGGACGGCGUUCUGCAGUAGCAGCAGCAGCUACUGGCCUGGAGCAGCGUUUGAGAAACAGACUCUGGUGCAGGCUGGACCUCCGCUUCUGGGACCGGGUUCUAGGGCAGCCUCACUGUUGAGACCUAGAGCUGCAUUCAGGGGCGUGGAGGGGACUGUGUAGCUCGUUUUCUUUAGCGGAGCGUCCUCAGUCUGACCCCCAACACAUGGAAACACCAAUUAUUUUAUUUUUGCAGGGUGUCCAGUUUUCUCAUUGUGUCCUGCUGGACAAUUUCUGAGGCCAAAAAUAUGUGGGGAAAUGGGGGAAAAAAAGUCCAAACGGGGUGGGGCAAAGGUCACUAUAAUCAAUAGUUUUUUCAGUGAUUAAUAUAUACUCAGUAAAUGUUCUUCUGUUAAAUUAUUGAAAAGGGAAUGAAUCGGUCAAAUAAUUUCAGAGGGUAGCCACGUUGGUCCGUAGUAGAAGAGCUGGAUUCAACUCCUGUCGCACCUUAGAGACCAGCGAGACUUUUGAGGUAGACUCUUUUGAGAGUCAGGGCUGCCUCCGUCAGUCAAAUUGUUCAGCCUCGUUUUUUUAAAAAAGCUUUGAGCCUCCUAAAUUGCAUGACCCGUAUUGCUCAAAGUCGAUUUCCUAUUUGGGGCGGGGGAGAGGUAGAGCAGGCCUUUCUUUCUUUCUUUCUUUCUCUCUCUCUCUCUCUUGUUUUUGCACAAUUGGAAAAGAUCUGCGGGGCAGAGGUUUGCAGGAGUCGAGAGAUGGGAGAGCCUAAAUGUGCAGCACUUAAAAAACUGGAGGGGUGGAGGGAGAGAAGAAACUUAACUGUGGCCUAAAUCUGAGCAAACAAACAAAAAAAACUCUGAAUCCCAACAGCGAUGGCGCCGGUGCUUCACUCUUGGCAUCUGCUGGCAUGUGACCAGGGGGUGACAGCUGCCACGGGCUGGGGGGCAAAAGGCAGGGCCACGUACCAGCCGGCUCAGCUCCGGAGGAGUGAAGGUCUGUAAACGCAAAGCAGGAGUUCGGAAGGGGUGACCCAGAGGACUUUUUAAACUUAGGGUACCUGGAAGGUGUGGGCGGCGGAAAGGAAAAAACACAGGAAACUGUAUUUAGGAGGGGGAGGGUUUUUUUAAAAAAAGAAAUGCAAAAUAUAUAUUAGGGGUUUUAAAAGAACCAAUCUUGUUUGCAUCGAGCCAAGUGCAAUGGAGUGCAUAGUUUUAAUAUCUUUGUAUGUUAAAGAUUGUUAAAGAAGAAGAGAAAAAAAUCUAUUUUUGUUGCAAAGUCCUGUGUUUCCAGGGACUCUAAAUAAGUAGGGACAAAAGAAAACCCAACCUUUGUAAGUAUGGGGAAAAUUCUGUUUAUUUUUUCAAUUGUUUGUUUUUUUUCCUUUUUUCUUGUUUUUUUUAAUUAAGUUGCUAAUGAUUGGGGUUUUGUUUCCCCCCCUCCCCCCUUUUCUCAUUAGUUAUGUCAUUUUUAAGGGAGGGCUGAAGGCAGAAGCUUUUCACGUACAUUGUAAAAAAGAAAAAACAGCCACAGACUAUCAGGUUUAAAGAAGAAAAAAGCUGCAAAGGUUUGACUU